CGGUGCCAGUGGCGGCGGCGGGCGGCGAAGGAGGCGGCGGCGGCGGCGGAGGAGAGGGGGGGGCCCGGGAGCGGCGACCUUCGCAGGGGGCUGCCGCGGCGGGAGAUGCGCUUGCUCCCAGCGGCGCCAGGAGCAGCAUGUUCCCCGGUGCCGACAGCGCUAGCAUCACGGCCGGGCAGCCCGAGGCGGCGGGGGCCGCCGCCCCCGGCCCGCUGGGCUCGCACGGCCCCGGUGGCGAGACGCGCCGCCGCAGCGCCCCGGCGGCCGCCGCUGUGGUCGGCGGCGGCGAGGAGGAGGCGGCGGAAGACGAGGAGGACGAGGAUCCCGGCUCAUCCCGCUUCGUGCUGGCGGCGGGACUGGGGCUCCUGGCUGUGUCUGUCGUCCACCUGGGGCAGGAACGGGCCGAGGCGGGGGGCGGCGGGCCGCCGUGCCUGGCGCUGCUGCUGCUCCGCCUCGCCCUCUACGUGGGCUGCGCCGCCGCUGCCGCCGCGCUGGGCACCCUGAUCGUCCUGAUGUGCCGCGGCCGCCGCCGCCUGCCGCCGCCGGACUUCGCCGCCGUCGCUCCGGUCCGGCCGGUCGCGGGGAAUAAUUGGUCUGGAAGCUCUCAUGAUUCAAUCCAAUCAAGGAGAGUGAUUAUUUCUCACAAUAUGGAUAAAGCACUGAAAGAAGUGUUUGACUACAGCUAUAGAGAUUACAUCCUGUCCUGGUAUGGGCAACUCAGCAGAGAUGAGGGGCAGCUGUACCAGCUGCUCUCUGAAGACUUUUGGGAGAUUGCCAAGCAGCUGCGACAGAGGCUGAGUCACAUUGAUGUAGUUAAAGUUGUCUGCAAUGAUGUAGUGAAAGCUUUACUCUCGCACUUCUGUGACCUUAAAGGAGCCAAUGCCAGGCAGGAAGAUCCACCGAAACCUUUUUUGCUGCACUCAUGCUUGAGGAGCUCUGAUGAAGAAGUAAGAUUUCUGCAAAAAUGUUCUCAAGUUCUGGUGUAUUGUCUCCUACCCUCAAAGGAUGUCCAGUCUGUCAGCUUGCGCAUAGUCCUUGCAGAAAUACUUGCAACAAAAGUACUGAAACCAGUGGUGGAACUGCUGAGUGAUCCAGAUUACAUUAACCGAAUGCUACUCAGCCAGCUGGAGUACAGAGAACAGAUGAAUGAGCAUCAGAAGAAAGACUACACAUAUGCUCCUUCUUAUGAGGAGUUCAUCAAGCUCAUUAACAGCAGCUCUGAUGUUGAGUUCCUGAAACAACUGAGGUAUCAAAUUGUAGUGGAAAUAGUUCAGGCAACCACAAUCAGCAAUAUUCCCCAAGUGAAGAGACAGAAAGAUUCAAAAGGAAAAGAAACUGCAGCAAUGAAAGCUGACCUCCUAAGGGCUCGCAAUGUGAAGAGGUAUAUUAAUCAGCUGACAGUGGCAAAGAAGCAAUGUGAGAAGAGAAUAAGGCUCCUGGGAGGCCCUGCUUAUGAUCAGCAGGAAGAUGGCAUUUCUGAUGAAGGCGAUGGCCCUCCAAGUCAGAAGAUUCUUCAGUUUGAAGAAAUUUUGGCCAACCCUUCCUACCGAGAGCACUUCCGGAUCUACAUGGAGAGGAUGGACAAGAUGGCUUUGAUCGGCUUCUGGGAGUCUGUGGAGAACCUGAAGAAUGCUAACAAGGCUGAAAUACCUCAACUGGUGAGUGAAAUUUACCAGAAUUUUUUUGUGGAAAGCAGAGAAAUACCUGUGGAAAAAUCCCUUUAUAAGGAAAUACAGCAAAGUCUUGUGGGAAAUAAAGGCAUUGAAGUAUUCUACAGAAUUCAGGCAGAUGUUUAUGAAACUCUAAAGGACAGAUACUACCCUUCAUUCAUUGUCAGUGAUUUAUAUGAGAGAUCAGUCAAGCAGGAGGAAGAAAGAAGUUCUGCUCAGCUAACUCCUGAGGACAAAGAUGAAGUGAGCCAAGGUUGUGAAGAAGCUACUGAAGAAUGCAGCACAAGAAUUAAUGAACAGGCCAGUUAUGCUGUAAAUAAACUUCGCCAGCUAAAUGAUAAGCUUGAGUAUAAGAAACAGGCUCUAAAUUCCAUUUGUAAUUCACCAAAACCCGACAAAAAGAUUGUUUCUAAGCUGAAGGAUGAAAUUACUCUGAUGGAGAGAGAGCACAGUGACCUUCAGCUGCACAUUGCAAGAACAGACUGGUGGUGUGAGAACCUUGGCAUGUGGAAAGCCUUCAUUGUCUCAGGAGAGGUUUUAGAAGAGAAUGGAGAACAAGUGCCCUGUUACUCUGUCAUGGUGAGUUUACAAGAAGUUGGUGGAGCUGAAACUAAGAACUGGACUGUUCCCAGGAAGCUUAAUGAGUUUCAGAGCCUACACCGCAAACUCAGUGAGUGUUUUCCAUCAUUAAAAAAAAUUCAGUUGCCUUCUCUCAGCAAGCUGCCCUUCAAAUCCAUAGACCAGAAAUUCAUGGAGAAAUCCAAGAACCAGCUUAAUAACUUUCUGCAGAAAUUACUCUCUGAUGAAAGACUCUGCCAGAGUGAAGCACUUUACGCCUUCUUGAGCCCCUCCCCAGAGCACCUCAAAGUUAUUGAUGUGCAAGGCAAGAAGUCGUCGUUUUCACUCUCCUCAUUUCUAGAACGACUUCCUGGUGAUUUGUUUUCUCAUCAGGAGGAAGAAACAGAAGAGGACAGUGACCUGUCGGACUAUGGAGAGGAGGUGGAUGGCAAGAAGGACUCUCUUGCUGAGCCGUGUUUCAUGCUGAUUGGAGAGAUUUUUGAGCUGCGAGGAAUGUUCAAGUGGGUCAGAAAAACAUUAAUUGCACUAGUACAAGUCACUUUUGGAAGAACCAUCAACAAGCAAAUCCGUGACACUGUACACUGGAUGUUCAGUGAACCAAUGCUUGUUUACUACAUUGGUGUGUUUCGAGAUGCUUUUUGGCCAAAUGGAAAGUUGGCUCCACCACCGAGAGCCAAGAGUGAUGAACAAAAGCAGGAGACAAAACAGAGAGCACAGCAAAAACUACUUGAAAACAUUCCAGAUACUCUGCAGAAUCUUGUUGGACAACAAAAUGCCCGUCAUGGUGUAGUGAAAGUGUUCAAUGCAUUGCAAGAGAGAAAGGCUAAUAAGCAUCUACUUUAUGUUUUGCUGGAACUGCUGCUAACUGAACUGUGUCCUGAGCUGAGAGCUCAUUUAGAGCAGCUUAAUGCCACUUAGGUUUGAAUCUGCACAAUUGGACCACUAGAGAAAUGUCUAUGUUCAAGAAUAGACAUGAAACUUAUUUUCCUCUUUUCCAUAGAGGGCUGAGGACUAUGAUUAUUUUUAGCAUUUUUCUUUCCUCUUGAGUUUUUUGUGAAGUACAGACUUGAAAAGAUCUGAUGCUGUUGUAGGGUAGACAAAAAAUGCUGUAUAGCUGCCAAUUUUUAUUUAAAUUGUUCUAUUUGACUACUCCUCUGUUUCAAAUAUAGAUUGAAAAAUAAAUGUUCAUAUAUGCUGAAAGAAACCAGAAGAUAUUUUAAACAUUUAUGGAAAGAAAUUCUGCUUAUAAUGGUAAACUAAUGAAUGUUGUACAGUUCUAAUUUCCUCACUGAGGAUCUGAGCAUUCCUUUUCUUUUCGUGUAUUGAAACAGCCUUGUUGUGCAAUACCACAUGUAAAGCUAUUGUGAAAAUUUUAUCAAUUUUGGUUUUACCAAAGAUUUCCUGUAGUUUGAAGCAUUUGUAAGCAAUAAAUAUCACAACUGGAUUGCAGCUUGAUAAUGAGGCUGUACUGACAACAGAUCAAUGGGUUUGACAGCACUAGUUUCAUAAGAAGUAUCUACAUUGCUUUGAAGUCUGUGUCAAAAUUAUGUAUUGUAAACUGGUAUGUCCUAACAGAAUGCCUGUGUUAAAUGUUAGUUCAGAGAUUACUGCUUAUGAAUUGCUUCUAUGAUGAUCAAGUAGACAUUUAAUUAAACGAUUCUGAUAACUUCCCUGAUAUUAUUCAGGGCUGUUUUGUUCAAACGCCCCAAUUUCAAAUAACCUUCAAAUCUUUCUCUUAUUUUAUACAAGGAAAGAAAACUGUCUUCAGUGGUUGGUGGUUUUUUUAAAUUUAUGUAAAAAUAUGUACAUAUGAUGUUAAUGCACAUCUAAAUAAUUAAACAUCAUGAAAAAUC